ACCCGACGCGAGACACCCAAGACCCAGCCAUGAUGGAGAGGGAGCAAGUCAGGCCACUAGCUCCUGCCGCAGACCGCCCCAGCAGCGACGAAGAUGAAGUCACUUUAACUCUCAAAAAGCUCCGUCGCAGAAAAUUCGUCAGAUGUUGCGGGUGCGUUGCCGGCCUCCUCCUCAUCCAAGCCGUCGUCGUCAUAAUCCUAGCCCUCACCGUGUUCCGCGUGAAGGACCCUAUCAUCAAAAUGAACGGUGUUACUGUCACCAAGCUCGACCUCAUCAGCAACAACGGCACCACCCCCAUGCCCAAGCCCGGCUCCAACAUGACCCUAAUAGCCGACGUUUCAGUCAAGAACCCAAACAUAGCGUCGUUCAAAUACAGAAACACCAGCACGACGCUUUACUACAACGGCACGAUGGUAGGGGAGGCUCGAGGGCCACCGGGGCGGGCCAAGCCGCGGCGAACCAUGAGGAUGAAUAUCACUGUGGAUAUCAUUACCGAUCAGGUUUUGGCAAGUCCAUAUUUGAGAGCGGACCUGAAUUCUGGGUUAUUGACCAUGAGUAGCUACUCGAGGAUCGGAGGGAGGGUGAACAUCUUGAAUAUAAUAAAGAAGCAUGUGACUGUGAAGAUGAAUUGUUCCAUGACUGUUAACAUCUCGAGCCAGGCGAUUCAAAAUCAGGUUUGUAAGCGAAAGGUUGACCUUUAGCUAUGUAUAGCCAAUUAGCCACGAACCCAUAUCUAUAUAUGGUGUCAUGGAUGUGUAGAAAGGAGAUAUAUCGUUCUUUUUCCUUUAUUUUAUUUUAUUUUUGGUAUUAAAACUUUUACUACAUACUGUAUAAUCUCUUAUACAUAGAGGAUGCAUGAUUUUUUAUUAUUGUUAUUAUUAUUAUUAUCUUAUAAAUAGUACGUAAUAAC